CUUGCCCUCUCUCUCUCUCUUCUUUCUCUCUCCCACUCAAACCACAACACUUUUCCUACUCAUCCUCUGCUUGCUACUCUUCACCUUCAGCCAUCGCCAAACCAGAACAAAGUUCCAUCCUCAGAUCACAAAACCCACCAAAGACAGACAAACAAAGCUUCUACUGAUUUUUUUAUUUUUGUAACUCGGAAUAAGGGGAGUUGGUUUUAGUUUUCUUCUCCGAUGGGCAUGACCGACGCAGCGGCCAAGCAUCUGUCCUUCAGCGGCGGCGGAGGAGGAGGGCUGCCCAUUGUCUCCGACCUCAAGACCCUACUUUCCCUUGUGAGGACAAAGCGCUCUCUGGCUUUCGCCUAUGGCUUCAUGUUCGCUUUCGUCGUCUUCACCGUCUUCCUCGCUUUCAACCCUUCUCCAAACUCUACCUCCCCUUGGUUCUUCUCCAACAUCUUCACCGCUCCUUCUCCCGGCGCCGACACCCCUGCCGGCGGAGGUAGCACCGCCGCUGGAUCUCAAUUCCCUUCUAUUUUCUCUUAUCUCUUCCCCAACUCCUCCGACGCCGCUCUGCAGAUGGAAGAAGACGAAGGCGGGUUCGCCGCCGUACGGACGGUGAACGCUUCCUCCUCCCCCACCGCCGGAGAGGCCGGCGCUGUCAGAUCUAACUCCAGCAGUUCUUCACGGUCUCAUAAUGGGGAUGUGAAAGGGCUUCCUCCUGUUAGUAACCAGACACAAACUAGUACAGAGCAUUCUUUUGUUCCGCCGCCGGUGGAAACCCAGUCCGGAAACGCGUCAAUCGUCGGCGAAGAGCCUCCUGCUGCACGUAAUACUAGUAAAACUGUAGAGAAUUCCGGUAAAGUUCCCAGCUUUAAUUCAACCGCAGCAGACACGGCGAAUCAGACUAAAAGUGCUGUUACUCCCGCCCCCAAUAAUGGAAAUUCCGGCGAAUCCCAGGGGAAGGAUGCAGUUACAGACCAGAAAUCUCCGUCGACGGCCGCAAAUCAGACUGCUAUGAGUUCGAUCUCCGACGGGAAAGGAGUAGGAGAUAAGAAUUCUGCUUCCAAUCUUACAGAGAAGAAACAGAGCAGCGGCGGCGGCGGUGGUUCGAAACAGGGGAAUAAGGGGAAAACAGGGGCGUCGGUGAAACAGGGGAUAGAGGCGUUGGUGGAAAGUUUAGAAGGUUGUGAUCUCUUUGACGGGGAAUGGGUCAUGGAUAAUUCGUACCCGCUUUACAAACCCGGUUCCUGUUCACUGAUCGACGAGCAAUUCAACUGCAUUCUCAACGGAAGACCUGAUAAGGACUACCAGAAGUACAAGUGGAAGCCCCACGGCUGCACUUUGCCCAGGUUCAAUCCUGGGCACAUGCUGGAUAUGUUGAAGGGAAAGCGGCUCGCGUUCGUCGGCGAUUCGUUGAACAGGAACAUGUGGGAGUCCAUGGUUUGUAUGUUGAAGAGCGCCGCGAAAGAUCAAAGCAAGGUUUAUGAAGCCAAUGGGAGGCAACAUUUCAGGGGAGAAGCUGCUUAUUCCUUCAUAUUCAAAGAUUACGGUUGCACGGUUGAGUUCUUUGUAACUCCAUUCCUAGUUCAAGAAUGGGAAACCAUCAACAAGACUGGAUAUCCGAAGGAGACGCUCCGGCUCGAUUUGAUAGGGAAGUCCUCCGAUCAGUACAAAACUGCAGAUUACAUCGUGUUCAACACCGGUCAUUGGUGGACUCAUGAGAAAACAUCCCUAGGGAAAGAUUAUUACCAAGAAGGGAGUCAUGUGUACCCGACCCUAAACGUUCUCGAAGCAUUCCGGAAGGCUUUGACGACGUGGGGGAGAUGGAUCGACGCCAAUGUGAAUCCGAGGAAGAGUCUGGUCUUCUUCCGAGGAUACUCCGCUUCUCAUUUCAGUGGUGGGCAGUGGAACUCGGGAGGGGCGUGCGACAACGAGGUCGAACCGAUCAAAAACUCGACCUACCUGACCGAGUACCCGGACAAGAUGCAAGUGCUCGAGAAGGUACUGAGAGGGAUGAAAACCUCGGUGAAGUACCUGAACGUGACCCGAAUGACCGAUUACAGGAAAGACGGGCACCCAUCGAUCUACAGGAAGCGGAAGAUCACGGAGGAGGAGAGGAGGUCGCCGAUGCUGUACCAGGAUUGCAGCCAUUGGUGCCUUCCCGGUGUGCCGGAUGCGUGGAACGAGGUCCUCUAUGCUCAGGUUUUGGUGAAUGAGUACAGGAAGCAUCCUGUGCAGAAGAAGAAAGCAUAGGUAAAAUGAAAGAGGAAGAGUGAUAUGAUUAUUUUGAAUUCAGUUCACCCUUUUUUUUGUAUAUGCACAGCACCACCACUAUAGUUUUUUUUCUUUCUUUCUUUCUUCUGUUUGUUUGUCUCAAUUUUGGGGUUCCAUAGAAAGGUAAAAAAAAGCAAUGGCAUCACAGAAGGAUGUUGCCAAAAGUUUGGGUAUCAAAGUGCGAGAAGAAUAAAGUUUACUAGGUGUAACUUGUAAGUAUUUAUGGCCCCCUGAUUAAGUGGAGAAAGAGAUUUGUGGGUUUUGAUUGUUCUGCUUUGCCUAAUUUAACAGAAUGGAUUUGCAUUAAUCCAAGUGUUCAAAUUAAGUUAGUUGCAACUUCAAUG